GUGUCAUAUCAGUCAAUCAGACAGUCGCCUGAUUUUGGAUUAUUGGUCUAUCGGCGAAUUUGUUACAAUAUAAUAAAGAUGAUCUUAUUUUAUACAUUAGUAAACAAAUAAUUUUAAAAUUUUAACAGACAUACAUAGUUAAGUGUUAAAUUAUUACUAAUGUGAUAAUAUCCACUGAAAGCAGAUUAAAAGUGUUUCGUAGAAAUUCGCCAGAAGCCAUACAUACAUCAUGGCCUACUGAUAAUUUGUUACAAAACGGUACUUAGUGGGCGACGAUAAAACGAGGAACUCUUUAAUAGUACUAAUUCUAUGCGAUAUAUAUAUAAAAAAAGAAGAAACGGUACUGUGCUUAAAAAAGCGUGAAAAAAUUAUUGUUUUUUUUUUUAAUUCAAAUAAAUUAAUUGAAAACCAUUUUAAGUGAUAAGUUAUAGUGAAUUUCAGAAUGAAAAUUAAUAGUUUUUAAUUAUUUUUUAUUAUUAUCAUUUAAAAAAAAAAAACAAAAUCAAAAGAUGGAUAAUCAAUUGCCUUGGAAUUUACAAAUAAAACAAGAACCGGAAGAUAAAUCAUACGAAACAGGAUAUGAUUUAAGUCUAAAAAAUGAACAGUUUACAGAAGAAAAUCUUCCAGAUAAUUUCGUAGUUAUUAAACAGGAAAUGCCAGAGAAUUUAAGUAUUAAAGUGGAACCUAUAGAUCAUGAUGAAGGUAUUUUUGAGAAGAGUGAAACGGUUCCGGAAGAAAUAUUACCAGAAAAAAUGGUAAUGAAACUUGAUCCUUCUUGUUAUAGCAAUGAUCAUUACAGUAAUACAGGUGCAAAGAAAUUGUCUACCUCGAAAGUAAAACGAGACGAAAAUUCCGAUGAUGAAUAUUUACCUUCGAAAACCAAGAAAAAGAAAAAGGAAUCGUUUGUCAAACCAACCUUUAGGGGUAAACCGAAAAGUACAGAACAAACAUACUCUGAUGACAUAACGAGACACAUAGAAAUAGUGACCAUCGAUGAAGCAGAACGUCUCCUGGAACACCAUGAACUUUUCAAUAGUCGAAAGCAUAUGAAUUAUACAUGUGAACCAUGCGCGUUGGGUUUUGUCAUCGAAGACGCCUACCACAUGCAUAUGAAGAUACAUUCUCCUGAGAGCGGGGCGCACGCGUGCGACAUCUGCACGGCGCGCAUGCGCACGGCGCCCGUGCUGUACCGGCACCGCCUGCGCCACUACCGCCGCUACCGCUGCUCGCUGUGCGCGCUGCGCCUGCGCGACAAGGACACGGUCGCCGCGCACGUCAUGAGCGAGCACGUGGGCCGCGCCUUCGUGUGCCGCCACUGCGGCCGCGCCUUCAAACGGCCGCAGUAUCUGAAGCGGCAUGUAGAACAAAUGCACACGCGUCCACUACACCUGGAGUGCCCAGUUUGCAAGCGAGUGUUCUAUGAGCGUGGUUGGUUCCGCUGUCAUGUCAGGACCCACAACGAGGAAGUACGCAAGAACGUCGACAGGAAGGCGAUAUGUUCGCACUGCGGACGCGAGUUCAAGAACAAGGCGUAUCUCAUCAGGCACUUACAAACACACGAGGACCGCAAGCCAGCCGUCUGCAAGCACUGUUCUAGAACAUUUAAAAACAUAGAAGUUCUGAGGGUACAUUACAGACAGCAUCAUUCGAAGAAUCCGCUGUGAUAUUCCACAGUUAGUAAUAAUUUUCAAGUCUACGCUAAUUCCCUGAUAUCGGGUGCGAAUACAACAUGCGAGCAGUGCGGUCGCGUUCUGACGACGCGUGCGAUGCUGGCGCGACACACACAGCGCAUGCACGGAGACCGCAAGCGGAAGUUCCAAUGCGAUUACUGCAAGAAGUGGUACUUCACGAAGGCGGAAGUGCGGUCGCACAUCGAGUGGUCCCACCUACAGCAAAGGAAGCACGCGUGCGGCUGCGGGCGGGUGUUCCGCACGCCGGCGCGACUGCGGCAGCACGCGGGCGCCGUGCACCUGCGCAUCACGCCGCCGCGGGACAAGACCUGCCCGCUGUGCGGGAAGAUGUUCGCGAACCAGCAGGUCCUAACGCGUCACAUCAAAGGUCACUCCGGCGAAACGUAUCCGUGCAAUGAAUGCGGGCAAACGUUCAAGACGCAGUCCUAUGUAAAAGUACACUACAAACUAAAGCACCUCAAAAUGUCAAGGGCGGAGAUCAAGGCUCAGACGAAACGAAAACUUAUCACUAUAGAAAGAGCUGCAGAUGAGAGAGAGGCAAAAAUUAAAGGAAUACCUGACCCCAAUUUCAAUAUCAAGGAUCCGCUCUUUAUCAACGAACAGGACAGAGCAAGUGGUCUCAAAAAUGAUCAUCAGAAUAUAUCAGUACCUCUAUUUGAAACAUUCGUUGAUAUACAGCGUGAAUGCUGAAAUUAAUAGAUAAAUGAAACCUUAAAAUCUUCCAAAAUUUUAAGAAAUUUUCUCAUAGUUAGUGCUUGAGUACAGAUAAUACUCGAAUGCAAUUUAGUCGUACAUAAAAUUAAAUUAACAAUAAUAAUCACUGCCAAUGCAAAUAGUUCAAAGUAAUGUUAAAAAAAUAAACAGCAAUAUAAUUAUUUAUUUAUAUCUAAAAUGUUUUAGGGAGGUUAGACAAGAUCACAUAUAAUCUG